ACGUGCCAGUGGCUGUUUGGUUCAGGAGCCUGAGAGCUGAGAACCCCGGGGGAAAACGAGCGUACGUUACACGUCGUCUUGCGUACUCAUGUUGGGAUAUCCCGCGUUGAUGCAGGUGAACCACCAGGUGAUGCAACUGACGUGUUGCUAUUUGAGAACCAUUGUAGCUGGAUAAAAAAAGGAAAGUGUAAACGUCGGAUUAGCACUCAGCUGGUGUACAUGUGUGUUGUGUGUUUUGAUACAUAUAUAUUGUGCUUAUUUGUUUGUUUCUUUUGUAAAGUAACGUGCAAGUCUCGUUCAAACCCCUGAGAGGUGGCUACUCUAGUUAAGUUAUAAAAAGUUGUCAUAUUCGAUCAAUCGCAUCUCAAAUCAAGCACGCCCGUUACGUUAAUUAGUGUCUGGACAUAUAUAUAACGGCCAUCUGCUCACUUGUACGGCAUUGAUAUCGGCACCGUGGUUAGAUGAUGCACUAUGGACCACCAAACACAUGGCAGUAAAGAUGAGCAGACGCGGAACGUCACCACAACGCCAAUUCAGCAAAAAGCUGGCAUCAAGUUGAUCUUUAUGAAUUCAGAUGACCGGAAUGAACCCAACAACCCUCAAUUGGCUCCCAUUGAAGCUCACCGAAGAACCAGUCAGAGUAUUGCCAUGGCACAAGAGGCGGCUCCGCAGACGCCUGUGGAAAAUCCGGAGGACCGUACCAUGCAAUUGGCACUAAGGGCCACCAGCGUUGAACUGCCAGCUCAGGAAAAUGCUGUUGACUCGUUAAAGAGAACAAAUGACGGCACUACCACUCCUGCGAAGGCCAAAAAAUCGAGGAAAUUGCAAGGUGUUGGUAUCAAAAAGCCUCUGUAUUCUAAAUAUGAGACACUGUUCAUCAUCAAAGCCUUCAAAGCCAUUUCCGAUCUGAGGCCCAACUUAGUGCUCGUUGACCUUUUCAAAGUCGUUGCAGAGUUGUACAACAAGGAGGCAAAGAAGCAAGGGUUCAAAGAGAGAACCGGGGACCAAUUGUAUCAGAAGUAUAAGAGAAUCCAAUAUGGAUUGAACCAUGAUGCCGAACUGGAAUUUUUGGGUUAUUUCAAAAGAAACAAGCACUGUCCGAAGGAAUGGAUCCCAGAUUUCCAAGGACUGAGUGAAAAUGACACUUUGAACUACAUAAUGCUGGACAAUGUGGAAGAAACCAUAGAAAGGAUUUUGGGGACAGGUUCCUCGGGUGAUGUCAAGCCACAACUCCAGCCAAUAGAUGACGUUGAGGAGAGAAAUAACGAUACCAAUAGUUCGCUUGUGAAGGUGAAACAAGAACCCAGAUCCGAGGAUAUGCUUAUUCACGAUCUCAGAGCACAGAUACAAAUGCUCGAGGAGAGACUGCGUUCGAAGGAUUACGAGAUCUAUGUCCUUCGAGAGGGAAACGUCCAUAGAGACAAUGAGAUCUCUUUCCUCAAGACCAUGCUAAAAGAGGAGAUCUCGUAUAUAAGACAUAAGUUAAAUGAGCAAUGAAUUAUGACCCAACCCCGGCCUGAUGAAUAACCACGGCGACACCCACACGGAAAGCACCUACACCUCCAAUGAUCUUCACCUUGUUAUUAGAAACGUUCAAAGCAUACACUAUUCUUAGAUUUCCCAAUCGGGCGUUUCGUUUUCGUUGGCGGACCGCACUUGCCCAAAGCGGAAGUCUCUGGCGUAAAAACACGCAAAACGCGAAAAACGCGAAAAUUUCGCCAACCCCUCGAAAACCAGCACGCGAAAGCGCAAAAGUUGCGAACCUCGCAAAUUGAAACUCGAAACAUUUGCACAAAACA